CUUGUUUACGCCGCAAAAGCUCCACCAAAGCAGCCGAAGGCAGCGGCCGCAGCAACAACAAGCCAGGCAGCCGAUCCGGAUCACAGCGCCUCCUCCUCCUCCUCUGCUUCGUCUCCAGGCCGCCGUUCCUCAUGACGUCUCGGUGGGCGCUUCUCCUCCUGCUCCUGCAGCCGCUGCUCUUGGGCUUCGGCUCGGCUACGGAAGGUGAGCGGCGGUGCCCGGUCCUAGCCCCGUGCCAAUUUCGCCCGCCCGCCUGCCUUUGCAGCGGAGCGGUCUUGCUCGUUCUCCUUACGAGAGGAGCUCCGAGGGGGUCUCCGAUCCACCUGCUAUCGACGCCCGCGAGGAGCCCCUGACCCCCCUCCCUCCCGCGAGUUCCCCCCGUUCACACGUGCAAGCUCCCCUUCCCCCCACGUGUCGACUCUGCACGUGUGAAGGCAGCUCGCACCAGUCUGCUGCGACCGGAGCAGCAGAACCCUUGCAGGAAAACUCCGCGCUGCCUGCUGCUGCCUUAUUUCGGUUAAUUUUUGUUUCUGAGCCCGGACCCCAAGCUGGCUUAAUCGGGAGCAAGCCUCCAUGGGCGCAACGGGGGCUCUGCGGAAGAGAGACUGAGGCGGGGCAGGCGCACUCUGCAUGUGCUCAGAUGCACACCCAGAGGUGGGGGGAAAGGGCGCACCCUCGCUGAGUAGCGCACGCAUAGAAGCGUCUGUGAUGGGGGCGCUUGAUCCUUAGUGCGCAUGCUCCCUCUUCUCCUGCCUUAAGCAGAGCAGGGAGGGCGAUGACGUAUCUCUUUAAUUCCGCUCCGCCGGCUCCUCCCUCUACCCCCCUCGCCAUUGGUCCGUGUUGUCUCCAGGCCUUGAGCUCGUUUCCUAUUGGUCGCUGCCUUGGGGUGAUGUCAUCCUUCAGCCGCAGAGACCUUGCGGGGUAAACAACCCAGCCACCCCCUUUCGUGGAGAACAGGCUUAGCCACGCCUUCCUGCACGUGGGAGUCCCUUUUGACUCUGGGAGGGGGCGUGGCCCCGAGGCCCCUCCCCCUACUGCUGGAGGGCAUGAUCUGGAUCUCCAUCGGGGCGAGUUUCCAACUUGAAAUGCGCAGGAGCCUCUCCCCGUUACAGUACUUUCUUGCGCAUGCUUGCCUAGCUCAGCGAGGACCUUGCAAGCGGGGCUGCCAGCCAGCGCUUACCUGGGAGUAAAUGCCAUUUACCUGAAUGGAGCUUACUUUUGAGCAAAGAUGCAUGUAGUCUUAAUGAUUACGCCAGGUUUUAAUCAGUGGAUUAAACGUGCAAAUGCAUAAAACACCCUUUGUUCUCAUAAGAGGCAGAGCGGUGUGCUAAGAGAUGUCUGCUGCUCACAAAAGACAUUUUCGCUGCCGGCUGAGGGAGGGGAAGCUUCUCAGGGUGGCGCAAGUUGGAUCAAGCCAAACAGGGGUGAUUUAGUCUAGCAUCUUGUCCUCACAGUGGUCAACCAUAGGCACAUUAUGGGAAACCCAUGAACAAGCAGGGCCCGAACACUUGCGAUUGAUAUUUGGAGGCAUUUAUUGCCUUUGACUCUGGAACUCAUGGCCACAUGGCCGUUGUGGCUGUUAACCCUUAAUAGCCAUAUCUGCCAGGGAUUUAUCUACAUUACCGGGCUUUAAAUACAUCCAAGUUGGUGGCCAUCGGUACCUCUUUGUGGGUGCAAAUUGCAUGAACUGAUUUUUAUUGUUUUCAAUACUGUAUUUUAAUUGUUGUUCCCUGUUCUGAGACCUUGGGGUGAAGGAUGGGUGGUAAUAUUAUUGUUAAAAAUAAUAAUUCAAAACUAUUUCAUCAUCAAACCUUUUAUUAGCAUCACAUACAAACGUCCAUAACAUAACAGUACAGAGUUACCGCUUCCCCUGUGGCACAAAACAUUUACCAAUAAAAAAGGAGAGGCAGAGCAGACUAUUGUCACAUCUCUAGGACUCCAGGGAGAUCAGCUGUCUGCAAUGUGUUUGGACGACAGAAUACCAGAUAAAGAUAUUUGCCACUAACUUUGUGAGCUCCUGGUCAUUCCCCAUUCCAUUUGGGGAUGGAGAGUUGCUUUAGGAAUUGCUGGCAGAGAUCAGCAUAUAGUUUACAUUUAAGAACCAUAUGAGUAAGAGUUUCCACCAGGUGGUCAACAUCAAAACUAUUUGGAAGGGUGUGUUGUCUGUUGGCAGCAAACAAGGCCGGACACUGUCUUUCCUUGCUUUAAAAAGAGCAUCCAUUCCUUCAGCACACAUGGAAGAGGGUCAGUUGUGGGCCAGGCUGUUCCAUCUCCUUGAUCUGCUGUUGCAAUCUAUGCCCCCCCCCCCCCAAUUUCUGCGUUGCUCCCAGUUUAGUGUGGCAACUCUGGAACUCCCUGUCUAUUGACACCAGACAAACACCUUCACUGUACUCUUUAAGGACCUGCAAAACAUGUUUUUGUUUAGACAAGCCUACCUAGACACAUAGCAUGUUAAUGUAUGUUUUAAUCUGUUAUUAGUUUAUUGCUGGUUGUCUCUUUUGAAUGUUUUAACGAGUUGCUUUUACUGAUAAUUCUAUUGUUCUCUUUGUAAAGCUCUUUAAGCUUUCUCUGUGUGUCUUACAAUCAAGUGCCUGCAUAAAUUUUAUGAAAUAAAUAAAUGAGUGAAACAGCCCUAUGCUGGAAUCUUGAGUUCCAGCACUGGGGAAAAAUACACCAGCACAAGAGAUUUUAAAGCGGCCUGAUGCAGGGCUGGUUCUUGGGGCACACACACUCUUUUGAAUGACCACCUUCUCACUGUGAAAUAUUUUGAUGCUGACAGUCAUUUUCCUGUCCCCUCCAGAUGCAACCUCUGCCGUCUCCCCGGCUCUCACAGUCAAAACGGCAGCGACCGAUCAGGUUUUCGAGCCUGCCAACAGCUUGCCAUCCCGGAGCGAGGCGGCUGCAGUCCAGCCCGUUGUCGGGAUCGGCCAGAGGGUCAAGAUGAGAUCGAACGAGAAGAAGGACUUGGGCACUCUGGGUAAGGACUAAAAGGCUCCCUAGGAAUGUCCUUGCAGCGGCUUUGUGUGUAGCCUGGCUCUUUUCAGAAUUGCGAUGACUAAAAGAGUUGGGAGUGGUUUAGUUCAGGCUUCCCCCAGUCUGGUGUCCCUACAGAUGGAUUAAAACUCCCUCCUAGAGGGACACCAGAUUAAGCAAGGCAGGGUUAGUUUCAAAGGAGGCUGCAAGAGCCUUUUGGCAGGGGAAUGGAUUUCCUCAAAGACUUGUUCACUGGACAUUUUUAAACAGAGGUUAGAUGGUCAAUUCUUAGCUGUGAUUGCAGUGGGUAGGACUAGAUGACCCUCUGGGUCCCUUCCGACCUUACAGUUCUAUGUUUCUGUGAGGCCAGACUCCACUACAUCUGUUGGGUGGGAGGAGGAAAUGGGUUCACUCUGCAGGAAGUGGGUAAGGUGUGAAGAACUGGCAUCCUGCGAGCUCUUUCUGUAAACAAGACAGCUGUUUCCUGGGGCAGGGUUCUGAGAAUGUGAGCCUUCAUUUUAAAGCCCUUUAAAAAGUCUUUUAAAGGGUUUUCUAGUUCAAGAGGGAAGUGUGUGUGCAGUACAGGCCUACAGAAGGGCUAGUCAUACAGCUUCACUCUGCAUUUUGCCCUUUCUAGCUGUUUUUUUUUAGACGAGCCACCCUUCCAUUUAUAUAUUACAUUACACCCCACAUUUUCCUUCACGGAGCUGAAGGUGGUGCACGCGGUCCGGUCCGCCCCCCCCCCCCACUUUCUCCACGCAACAAUCUUGUGAGGUUGGUUAGGCUUAGAUGUAGUGCCUGGCACCCCAGUGAGCUUCGUGGCUGAACAUGGAUUCGAACCCAGGUCUCCCAGCACUCUUAAGCAUUACACCACACUGGCUCUCAUUUUUUGGAAUGCCUUGGGUGCAGAAAGGCCAGAAAAAGUGUGCGCACACGUUACUACAUAUUUAUUUAAGUGUUCAAAACCUGCACUUUCUCAAAUGUGUGCCAAGGCGGUUGACACAGCAUGCAAAGUUAUAACUGGGGAAAGCAUCCGUUGUGUUGCUUUAUACUGCAGGGUUUGGGGGCAGACUGCAGUAGCGUGCUUAAAAUGUGUUGCAUAUGUCCUCUUUCUCUCCCCCCCCCCCCACAGGCUACGUGCUGGGCCUUCUGAUGAUGGUGAUCAUCAUUGCAAUCGGAGCAGGCAUUGUCGUGGGCUAUGCCUAUAAGAGGCAAGUGAAGGGCCUUUGCAUUGAUCGUUUGUAUGUUGUUAUCAUCUUCUUCUUUUGCAUUUAUUAUAUAUCCCAUUUUUUCUCCAAGGAACUCUCUGUGGGGUACAUGGUUCCCCCACCCCCUCAUUUAAUCCUGUGAGGCUGAGGGAACACAGUGAGUGGCCCAAGGUCACACCCAAUGAGCUUGGUGACCCAGUGUGGAUUUGAACCCUGGUCUCUCAGGUCCUAGUCCGACACUCUUAAAUCCUGCACCACAUCAGCUGCCCCUCAUGUAAAACAUUCUCAGCAGAUCCCACCCUUUGGAACUCCCUGCCUAUUGACACCAGUCAGGUGCUUUCGUUCUACUCUUUUCAACGCCUGCUAAAACAUUUUUUGUUUGGGCAAAGCCCACCCAGGCAUUUAGAACGUUGACAUAUAUUUUGAUGUGUUUUUUAGCUUAUUGCUGAUUUUAAUUAUUUUUAAAAAUGUUUUAAAUAGCUGUUUUUCAUAGAAUUGUGGAGUUGGCAGGGAUCCCACAAGGGUCAUCUAGUCCAGCCCAAAAAAUCACAGCUAAAUAAUUGGAUGGCCAUCCAACCUCUGUUUAAAAACUUCCAACAAAGGAGAGUCCACUACCUUCUGAGGCAGUCAGCUUAGAUUCCAAAAGUUAUUCCUACUGUUAGAAUCUCCUUUCUUAUAAUUUGAAUCCAUUGGUUCAGGUCUUAUCCUCUGGAGCAAGCUUGCUCCAUUUUCCAUGUGAGGACCUUUAAAUAUUUGAAGCUGGCUACCGUAUCCCUUCUCAGCCUCCUCUUUCCCUGGCUAAAUAUACCCAGCUCCUUCAACUGUUCCUCAUAAGGCUUGGUUUCCUGACCCUUGAUCAUCUCAGUUGCCCUCCUUACUGAAAUUUUACUUUUACUGAUAAAUUGGUUUUAUUCUUUUUGUAAACUGCUUUGAGGUUUGUUUGUUUUUUUGCAACUAAACAGUGUACAGUGGUACCUCAGGUUACAUACGCUUCAGGUUACAGACUUUGCUAACCCAGAAAUAGUGCUUCAGGUGAAGAACUUUGCUUCAGGAUGAGAACAGAAAUCGUGCUCCGGCAGUGCGGCGGCAGCAGGAGGCCCCAUUAGCUAAAGUGAUGCUUCAGGUUAAGAACAGUUUCAGGUUAAGUACGGACCUCCGGAACGAAUUAAGUACUUAACCUGAGGUACCACUGUAUAAUUUUAUGAAAUAAUAAAAGAGUGUGCAUCCAUUUGGAACCUGCACCACCACCUCGUCUGACACCCCCCUUCUCCCUCCCUCCCCAGGGGCAAAGAUCUAAAGGAGCAGCAUGAGCAGAAGGUUUACGAGCGCGAAAUGCAGCGGAUCACUUUGCCGCUCUCGGCCUUUACCAACCAAGCCUGCGAACUGGUGGACGAGAACACGAUAGAGGUGCACACGAACCAGACCCCCGUGGAGGAAACGCACAAUGGCGAUGCCCCACUGAUGGGUCAAGCGGGCACUCCAGGAGCCUGAGGAACAUGGGUGGGGGGCACCUUAGGAGAUGCCCUGCUUGCACCCACAACGGCUGAGACUCCUCUCUCUUCUCACCAACGUACGUGGGAGUUUCAUUUGUAUUUCUGGUGUUUUUUUUUCUGUUCGGGGAGGAACAAGAAGCCUGGAAGAGUCUUGACGAGGCUCUGAAGACGUGCAAGGACUGGCUCACCCAUGCUCAUCCAUUGUUGGGGCGUUUGGGUCCCAGCUGCAUGAAACUGAAUGCCACUGGACGGUCUGGUGUGGCCUGAGCCUCUUGUGAGGUCCAGCUCUUCCUUCUGCCCCCGAUGGAGGGCGGGAAGAGAAAAUGCAGCGCCUGCCUCCUGCUGUAUAGACUGCACAGUCUCUCUCCAGUCAGGAAGUACCUGUCUAUAUCGCCUCCUCUCGAUCUUCUUCCACGGAGAUAGCUUCCACCGGUCCUGGUGCCUGCAGAUCUGUUACAAGUGGAGAGCUGUAGUGUAGGUGAGCUUGAGAAGCAAAAGUAUUCGAACAUUUGAAUGUAUUUUUAUUAUUUCCUAAAGUGGAAGGCUGCUGUCAGAAGAAUGGCCCUCCUUACAAACCCCUGUAUUUAACAAGCACAGAGUUUUCCUUAUAGCUCGGUGCUUAAACUGCCUUUUCAAAAACAGUCAAGGAGGAAGCUUCCCAAUUAGGAGGGCUUUUUUUUUUUAGGCGGGGUGGGGGGGUGGGCAAGCCGGGCUGUCCCUAGUGAGCUCUUCAAAAUCUGUAUCUUCUGUCUUACGUACUCCAGGACUUCUAAGGCCAGGGACAGAUUCUUACAUGCGGGGAGUUUCAAUUUACAGCGAUCUUUUCCCUUCGUGAUCUUUGUUGAGCACAGCAAGACCGCUCAGGUAUGUUUCCUUCUCCCCUCCCAGCACACUUUGGGGUUUAGCAGAUAUGGAGACGAAAGGGAUCUCCCAAAGGCAUUCUGCAGAGGUCUGUUUCCAGAAAGGCGACUUCAAGGCAACGCUAGGACCACAGGAGGGAAGAGGGCUCUUGUGCUCAAAUCCUGCUGGCAGGUUUCCUACAGGCAUCCGAUUGGCCUCUUAAGAGGGCAGGAUUCUGGGUGCAGGCUUAUCUUAACAUUCUUAGAUCUGCCCAGACGGUGCCGGCUCAAGCGCAAAAGCUCCUUCACCUCCAUUUCAGAGCCAGCCAAUGACUAAGUGAUGGAUGGCCCUGCUUUGCAUUGGGGUUAGUAGUUCAGGGUUUUUUUUCAUAGCGCUGGGCCAGUUCCUCUGUAGCAGCUGCGCAAGCCAAGUGGUGGGGUGAUUUAUGCGGUGGCUUUGUCAGGCAGCAUUUGAGGCAGGGAACCAGGAUCAAGGAAGUUCUCCUGCGAUGCUCUUUGUUAGGCGUAAAGCACACAUACUUCUGUUCUGCCAACAAAUAACUCACUUUAGCCAUACUGACUUUUUUAAAUAAAAAAACCCACCUUCACCACUCAAGGAAGGUAGACCAGCUGCUGAGAGUGAAGGUUUCUUGUACACUCCGGUUAUGCAAACAGAGAUGGGAAUUUUGUUUGUUUUUUAAAAUAAAGACGUUUCAAUGCCUUUGAACACCAUUUCUUUGUAAGUGUUUUUAAAUACCUCAUGAAUUAUGAAAUAAAAUAAAAAAGAACUGUUCAGGCUG